AUGGAGCCGGAGCUCAACCGCAACUCCUGGCACUGGACGCAGCAGGUCGCGGUACGUCGUGGAGGCGGAGCGCUGAUCCAGCUUCCACCUGGCGGCUUCGGGACCACGGAGCUGUUGGUAGAAUGGCUCAAGGACCUGAAGCUGCGGGCGCGUUUGGAUGAAAAGACGUUCACGAAAGCCAUUGCCUCCUGUGGCAAAGGUCCUGAAUGGCAACAAGCACUUCAUCUGCUGGAUGUAAUGAAGGCCAAUGGCUUGGAAGCCCGGGCAGCAGCAUUCACUGCGGCUAUCUGGGCUUGCUCCAAGAAACAAGAGCAGUCAGCAGAGGCUCAACGGAGAGAUUUGGCCGUUCAGCUGCUCGGUCAAAUGCAGGCAGGGCGAAUCAGGCCAUACGACGGCACAUGUGCGGCUCUGGUGGCAUGUGAACUCGACUGGCCUAGUGCGUUGGGCCAUGUCAUGCGGAUGCGAGCUCGUGGACUCAGGCGCUUGCCGAGGGCGCACGUUGCUGCGGCGUCUCUUUGCGAGUCCAUGGAGGGAAACUGGGCAAUGUCACUAGAAGUACUGGAGACAUCAUGGCAGACAGCUGACCUGUCUGAAGCUGCAAAGCUGCCAGCAGUGUUUCCAGCUCAAAGGUCUGCCUUCUGUCGAAGCCGACAAUGGAGAUUUGCGGUUCAGGCACAUCUGGAAGCGAAGCGUCAUCAAUUGCCUGUCUCGCUGGAUGCAUACAAUCAGCUCAUGAAGGCCUACUGCGCGAGGGCAGGACAUUGGCAAGAAGUCUUGGACCUGUUGAGUGAGAUCUGUAAUGAGGACCUGGCACCCAAUGGCGACAGCUAUGAAACGGCGCUAAAGUGCUGCAGCGAUGCAUCUGAGUGGGCAUGGGUCGUGCAGCUUUAUGAAGAGCUGACCCUCUACAAUUUGCCAAGACAACGAGUUCAUGCACUGGCAGCCAAUGCAUGCGAACAGCUUGGUGUUCAGCUUCCCCUCGGAGCCUUCACCGAUCCAGAGAUCAAGGAAGAAGUAUGGGCGUAG